CAUGUUUGGUUGAGGCGGGCGGCGGUACGUACGCUAGCAAGCGAGAGGCACAUAAUCGGGCCUGAGCGCGCCGUGUUUCCUCCCCGGACCGCCACUUGCCCGGGCGGCACGGAACGGCAGGGCACGUCGCGGCCGGGCUGAGUCAGAGCGGCGGCCCCUCCCUCUUCCUUCGGCGGCCCCUCCCUCUUCCUUCGGCGGCCCGUGUCCACUCUGGCCUGGCGUUCGCUGCCUUCUAGCCGUCCGCUCCCCGCCCUUUCUUUGCCAGCUCCGUCUCCUUUUGCACCUCUUCAGGCCGGCGGGGCGGGAGGCCGAAGUCGGGAGGGGGCCAUGACCGUGGAGCAGAAUGUGCUGCAGCAGAGCAACUCCCAGAAGACAGUCCAUUGAGCUGCAGGAGCUCAGGAGACUUCAGCGAUAUUGGUUGGUGGGCAGAGGAGCCAGGAAAGCACAGCACCAGCAGACAUUUCUGAAUCAGCUAAGAGAAAUCACUGGUAUCAAUGACACCCAAGUACUGCAGCAAGCCUUGAAGGAUAGCAAUGGGAAUUUGGAGUUAGCGGUUGCUUUCCUUACUGCAAAGAAUGCUAAGAUUCCUCAACAAGAAGAGACAACAUACUAUCAAACAGCACUUUCUGGCAAUGACAGAUACAUCAGUGUAGGCAGCCAGGUAGAUACAAAUGUGAUUGAUCUCACAGGAGAUGAUAAAGAUGACCUUCAGAGAGCAAUUGCUCUCAGUUUGGAGGAAUCAAACAGGGCAUUCAGGGAGACUGGCAUAACAGAUGAAGAACAAGCCAUUAGCAGAGUUUUAGAAGCCAGCAUAGCAGAAAACAAAGCAAGUCUGAAAAGGACACAUCCAGAAGUGUGGAAUGACUCUCCAAAUCCAUAUGAUAGAAAACGUCAAGAUAAUUGUCCAGUGGGAUUAAAAAAUGUUGGCAACACAUGCUGGUUCAGUGCAGUUAUUCAGUCAUUAUUUAAUCUGCUGGAAUUCCGAAGGCUAGUCCUGAAUUAUAGUCCUCCUGCAAGUGCUCAAGAUCUGCCCCGAAACCAAAAGGAGCAUAGAAACUUGCCUUUUAUGCGUGAGCUAAGAUACUUAUUUGCACUUCUUGUUGGCUCGAAAAGAAAAUACGUUGAUCCAUCCAGAGCUGUUGAAAUCCUUAAAGAUGCAUUCAAAUCGAAUGACUCCCAGCAGCAAGAUGUCAGCGAAUUCACACACAAGUUAUUAGACUGGUUAGAGGAUGCCUUCCAGAUAAAAGCUGAAGAGGAACAGGAUGGAGAGAAGCCAAAGAACCCGAUGGUAGAGCUGUUUUAUGGACGUUUUCUAGCAGUUGGAGUUCUUGAAGGGAAGAAAUUUGAAAAUACAGAGAUGUUUGGCCAGUACCCACUUCAGGUUAACGGCUUCAAAGAUCUACAUGAGUGCUUAGAAGCUGCCAUGAUUGAAGGAGAAAUUGAAUCCUUGCACUCAGAAAAUUCUGGGAAAUCCGGCCAGGAGGUGAUGAUGAAACAGGCAGAACAAUGUUCUCAAGAGAGGAAACGUUCAGUCAGGAAAAAGAGACUGGAGCACUGGUUUACUGAACUUCCACCUGUCUUAACCUUUGAGCUUUCAAGAUUCGAAUUCAACCAGGCUUUGGGAAGGCCAGAGAAGAUACACAACAAAUUAGAAUUUCCUCAAGUUCUAUACCUGGACAGAUAUAUGCACAAAAACAGAGAAAUAACACGAAUAAAACGGGAAGAAAUCAAGAGGCUUAAAGAAUACCUAACAAUAUUGCAGCAAAGACUAGAACGAUAUUUAAGCUAUGGCUCUGGUCCCAAAAGAUUUCCCCUGGUAGAUGUCCUACAGUAUGCUCUAGAGUUUGCAUCAAGUAAGCCGGUUUGUACAUCUCCUAUUGAGGAUCUUAAUGCUACUGCUCUCCCUAGUGGUACUUUGUCGACACAGGCAAUACCAAGCACAACAGAACAACAGGGGCCUUCUACAGAUACACAAAGCACAUCACCUGCACAACGGUCAAUAAUACACAAGCCAUUCACACAAUCUCGGAUUCCUCCAGACCUGCCAAUGCACCCAGCACCAAGACACAUAACUGAAGAGGAGCUUUCAGUGCUGGAGGGCUGUUUACAUCGUUGGAGAACAGAAGUAGAAAAUGACACUAGAGACUUGCAAGAAAGCAUAUCUAGAAUACAGCGGACAAUUGAAUUAAUGUACUCUGACAAAUCAAUGGUGCAGGUUCCUUAUCGGUUACAUGCUGUAUUAGUUCACGAAGGCCAGGCUAAUGCAGGACACUACUGGGCAUAUAUUUAUGAUAGUUACCAAAGGAGGUGGAUGAAAUACAACGAUAUUUCUGUAACUAAGUCUACUUGGGAAGAGCUUGAACGUGACUCAUUUGGUGGUUACCGGAAUGCGAGUGCCUACUGUUUAAUGUAUAUCAAUGAUAAAGAACCAUUUUUGAUACAAGAGGAAUUCAACAAGGAAACGGGGCAUAUGGUGGUUGGAAUGGAUACAUUACCUCCUGAUCUAAGAGAUUAUGUCAAAGAAGACAAUAAGCACUUUGAAAAAGAGCUAGAAGACUGGGAUGCACAGAUUGCUUUGAAAGCACAACAGGACAAAGUAUUAACGUCCCCAACACCCAGGGUUCCUAUGCCUUCCACUGCCCAAGGAGAAGAACCAGAAUAUUUGGAACAACCUUCAAGAAUUGAUGUCUCAAAGCAGUUGAAAGAAGAUUCUGUACGAGCAAUCACAAAAGCAUUCACUGAACAAGAGGAUAAGAGUCCUGAAGCUAUUACGCAUUUGAAUUCUGAUAGUGUCCCAGUUCCAACAGCUUCUAAACAGAAACUAUUAGAGGUGGCGAUCCCCGACUUAGGGACUUAUGUGAUUGAGUCAGAGGAGGGAGGUUAUGAUGAUGAGGUCAUGCUGACCCCGAACAUGCAAGGUAUUAUCAUGGCUAUAGGUAAAGCCACGAAUGUUUAUGACAGGUGUGGGCCAGAAGCAGGGUUCUUUAAGGCAAUAAAACUGGAAUAUGCACGAUUACUCAAACUUGCCCAAGAAGACACGCAACCUGAGUGCGAUUAUCGCUUGCAUCAUGCAGUUGUAUACUUCAUCCAAAACCAGGCUGCAAACAAAAUAAUUGAGAGAACAUUGCUGGAACAGUUUGCUGAUCACAAUUUGAGUUUUGAUGAAAGGUGCCGCCACAUAAUGAAAGUGGCUCAAGCCAAAAUUGAAAUAAUAAAGCCAGAUGAAGUCAACAUGGAAGAUUAUGAGUGGUGGCACCAAGAAUACAGAAAUUUCAGAGAUACAACUGUGUGCCUCACGGUGGGAUUGGAACAUUUCCAAAGGAAGAAUUUUAAGGAUGCCUUGUUGUACCUUAUCUGUGCUUAUCACAAGAACAAAGAACUCACGUCAAAAGGCUUAUACAGAGGUCAUGAUGAAGAACUGAUAUCCUAUUAUAGAAGAGAAUGUUUGCUAAAGUUAAAUGAGUGUGCUGCAGCACAGUUUGAAUCUGGAGAUGAUGAUGAAGUGAAUAAAGGUCUGGAAAUUAUGAAUGAGCUUAUUGUCCCAUGUCUGCCAUUGUUAUUGGUGGAUGAAACAGAAGAAAAGGAUAUUGUUGCUGUAGAAGAUAUGAGAAAUCGAUGGUGUUCAUAUCUUGGACAAGAAAUGGAGCCCAACUUGCAAGAAAAGCUGACGGACUUCCUGCCAAAAUUGCUGGAUUGUUCUACAGAAAUUAAAGGUUUCAACAACCCACCAAAGUUACCUUCUUAUUCCACCCAUGAACUGUGCGAACGAUUUGCCCGAAUCAUGUUGUCACUCAGUCGAACUCCAGCUGAUGGAAGAUGAACUCUGAAGACCUCCCUUAAGCAUACUGUAUAAACUAUUUUUAGUUCUUUAACCCUUGCCUUCCUGUCACAGGGUAUGCUUGUUGCUGCUAUAGUUUUUAACUUUUUCAUUUUAACAAAUCGCAAAAGAGGAAAGAGGACUGUACAGACAUUAGCCAGACAGCAGGCAAUAACGCUGAGAAUCGCAUGGCGCUCAGUUUUUGUAUUGACCAGAACUCAUGCAACAUUACAAGUCUACUUUGUUAUGGCAAAUCUGCUUUUUUGCCACUUACCUGUUACAGUAUUACUUUGCUUUUGUCUUAAGAUCCUUUACUUCAUCAACAACAGCUUUCUGUUCACUCUGGGCCAUUCUGUGACUGCAUCAAUUUUAAAGUGACCAGUGUAAAAUACAUGGUACCUGGUAGCUUGUAAAUUACAUCAAAGAAUAAAAAAGUUUUAUUUAUGGCUA